AUGGCCCAGCCAGUCCACAGCCUCUGCUCCGCCUUUGGCCUCCAGUGCUGCCUCCUCUUCCUUCUAGCUUCUUGGGAGGCAGGUGCUACUACAUUCCAAGAAUAUCAGAAAACUGGGGAACUCUCAACAUCCGAUCACAUAUUUCCCCUCACUCCAGGCCUUGUUUAUAGUAUCCCUUUUGAUCACAUUGUUCUGCAUUCAGGACAAAGACCUCCAGAGCUCCCUAAAUCUACAGAAAUCCAUGAGCGAAAACGCCACUGCAACACCACACGCCAUUCUAAGCCAACUGACAAGCCUGCAGACAACUCCAAAACUACAGACAACAAAAGCUCUACAUAUAAUCAUGAGGCUCCUCCCACUUCUGAAGAAAACUCCAGCAAUCAAGGGAAAGACCCAAUGAUCCGGAACCAGCACUCUGUUGAUCCUGCUGACUCCACUACCACACAUAAAGAAUCCGCUGGAAAAAAACAUAUAACGCCAGCACCCAAGAGCAAAAUAAAUUGUCGUAAGUUCACAACAGGCAAAUCAACGGUAACAAGAAAAUCAGAUGAAACUGGAAGACCUUUGGAAAAGUCCAUGAGUACUUUGGAUAAUACAAGCACCACCUCACAUAAGACUACAACUUCCUUCCACAACUCAGGCAAUUCACAGACCAAGCAAAAAAGCACAUCUUUUCCAGAAAAAAUCACAGCAGCCUCAAAAACAACAUACAAGACCACAGGAACCCCAGAAGACUCAGAAAAAACUGAAGAUUCCAGAACAACAGUUGCCUCAGACAAGCUCCUGACAAAAACUACAAAAAACAUACAAGACACAAUAUCAGCCAGUGAGAUCACACAAUCUCUAGCAGAGCCUACAGAACAUGGAGGAAGGACAGCCAAUGAGAACAACACACCAUCUCCAGCAGAGCCUACAGAACAUAGAGAAAGGACAGCCAGUGAGAACACCACACCAUCCCCAGCGGAGCCUACAGAAAAUAGAGAAAGGACAGCCAAUGAAAACACCACACCAUCCCCAGCAGAGCCUACAGAACAUGGAGAAAGGACAGCCAAUGAGAACAACACACCAUCUCCAGCAGAGCCUACAGAAAAUAGAGAAAGGACAGCCAAUGAGAACACUACACCAUCCCCAGCAGAGCCUACAGAACAUGGAGAAAGGACAGCCAAUGAGAAGACCACACCAUCCCCAGCAGAGCCUACAGAAAAUGGACAAAGGACCCCAUCUGCCAAUGAAAAAACCACAUCAUCCUCAGCAGAGUCUACAGAACAUGGAGAAAGGACCCCACUGGCCAAUGAGAACACCACACCAUCCCCAGCAGAGCCUACAGAAAAUAGAGAAAGGACAGCCAAUGAGAACACCACACCAUCCCCAGCAUGGCCUACAGAAAAUAGAGAAACGACAGCCAAUGAGAAGACCACACUAUUACCAGCAGAGCCUACAGAAAACAGAGAAACGACAGCCAAUGAGAACACCACACCAUCCCCAGCAGAGCCUACAGAACAUGGACAAAGGACCCCAUUUGCCAAUGAGAAAACCACAUCAUCCUCAGCAGAGUCUACAGAACAUGGAGAAAGGACCCCACUGGCCAAUGAGAACACCACACCAUCCCCAGCAGAGCCUACAGAACAUGGAGAAAGGACAGCCAAUGAGAACACCACACCAUCCCCAGCAGAGCCAACAGAACAUGGAGACAGGACCCCAUUGGCCAAUAAGAAGACCACACCAUCUCUAGCAGAGCCUACAGAAAAUGGACAAAGGACCCCAUUUGCCAAUGAGAAGACCACAUCAUCCUCAGCAGAGUCUACAGAACAUGGAGAAAGGACCCCACUGGCCAAUGAGAACACCACACCAUCCCCAGCAGAGCCUACAGAAAAUAGAGAAAGGACAGCCAAUGAGAACACCACACCAUCCCCAGCAUGGCCUACAGAAAAUAGAGAAACGACAGCCAAUGAGAAGACCACACAAUUCCCAGCAGAGCCUACAGAAAAUAGAGAAAGGACAGCCAAUGAGAACACCACACCAUCCCCGGCAGAGCCUACAGAACAUGGAGAAAGGACAGCCAAUGAGAAGACCACACCAUCCCCAGCAGAGCCUACAGAAAAUGGACAAAGGACCCCAUUUGCCAAUGAGAAAACCACAUCAUCCUCAGCAGAGUCUACAGAACAUGGAGAAAGGACCCCACUAGCCAAUGAGAACACCACACCAUCUCCAGCAGAGCCUACAGAAAAUAGAGAAAGGACAGCCAAUGAGAAGACCACACCAUUCUCAGCAGAGCCUACAGAACAUGGAGAAAGGACAGCCAAUGAGAACACCACACCAUCCCCAGCAGAGCCUACAGAAAAUGGAGACAGGACCCCAUUGGCCAAUGAGAAAACCACACCAUCUCUAGAAGAGCCUACAGAAAAUGGACAAAGGACCCCAUUUGCCAAUGAGAAGACCACAUCAUCCUCAGAAGAGCCUAAAGAACACAAAGAAAGGACUCCACUGGCAAAUGAGAACACCACACCAUCCCCAGCAGAGCCUACAGAAAAUAGAGAAAGCACAGCCAAUGAGAAGACCACACCAUUCCCAGCAGACCCCACAGAAAAUAGAGAAAGGACAGCCAAUGAGAACACCACACCAUCCCCAGAAGAGCCUACAGAACAUGGAGAAAGGACAGCCAAUGAGAACACCACACUAUCUCCAGCAGAGCCUACAGAACAUGAAGAAAUGACCCCAUUGGCCAAUGAGAAGACCACACUAUCCCCAGCAGAGCCUACAGAACAUGAAGAAAUGACCCCAUCAGCCAAUAAGAAGACCACACUAUCCCCAGCAGAGCCUACAGAAAAUGGAGAAAGGACCCCAUUUACCAAUGAGAAGACCACACCAUCCUUAGCAGAGCCUACAGAACAUGGAGAAAGGACCCCACUGGCCAAUGAGAUCACCACACCAUCCCAAGCAGAGCCUACAGAACAUGGAGAAAGGACAGCCAACGAGAAGGCCACACCAUCCCCAGCAGAGCCUACAGAACAUGGAGAAACGACAGUCAAUGAGGACACCACACCAUCCUCAGCAGAGCCUACGGAAAAUGAAGAAAGGACCCCACUGGCCAAUGAGAACACCACACCAUCCCCAACAGAGUCUACAGAACAUGGAGAAAGGACAGCCAAUGAGAAGACCACACCAUCCCCAGCAGAGCCUACAGAACAUGGAGAAAGGACACUAUCAGCCAAUGAGAAGACCACACCAUCUCCAGCAGAGCCUACAGAACACGAAGAAAUGACCCCAUCGGCCAAUGAGAACACCACACCAUCCCCAGUAGAGCCUACAGAACAUGGAGAAAAGACUACAUUGGCCAAUGAGAAGAUCACACUAUCUCCAGAAGGGCCAACAGAACAUGGAGCAAAAACUACGUCGGCCAAUGAGAAGAUCACACCAUCCCUAGCAGAGCCUACGGAACAUGGAGAAAGGACCACAUCACCCAAUGACAAGAUCACCUCAUCUGCAGCAGAGUCUACAGAACAUAGAGAAAGGACUACAUCAGCCAAUGUGAUCACACCAGCCCCAGCAGAGCCUAUAGAACACGGAGAAAGGACCACAUUGGCCCAUGAGAAGAUGACACAAGUCACAAAAAAGUCCACACAACACCCAGAAAAGACCACGUCAACCACAGAGAAAACCACAAGAACCCCAGAAAAGCCUACGCUAUACUCACAGAAGACCAUAUGCACCAAAGGGAAAAACACACCAGUCCCAGAAAAGCCUACAGAAAACCCGGGGAACACUACACUGACCACUGAGACCAUAAAAGCCCCAGUGAAGUCCACAGAAAACCCGGAAAAAACAGCAGCAGUCACAAAGACUAUAAAACCUUCAGUCAAGGUCACAGGAGACAAAUCUCUCACUACUACCUCUUCUCAUCUAAAUAAAACUGAGGUUACUCAUCAGGUGCCCAUUGGUUCUUUCACCCUCAUUACAUCUAGAAUGAAGCUGAGUUCUAUCACAUCAGAAGCCCCAGGCAACGAGAGCCAUCCAUACCUCAAUAAAGAUGACUCACAGAAAGGUAUCCACGCUGGACAGAUGGGGGAGAAUGAUUCAUUCCCUGCAUGGGCCAUAGUUAUUGUGGUCCUGGUGGCUGUGAUUCUCCUCCUGGUGUUCCUUGGCCUGAUCUUCUUGGUCUCCUAUAUGAUGCGGACACGCCGCACACUAGCCCAGAACACCCAGUACAACGAUGCAGAGGAUGAGGGUGGCCCCAAUUCCUACCCGGUCUACCUGAUGGAGCAGCAGAAUCUUGGCAUGGGCCAGAUCCCUUCCCCACGGUGA